AUGGCUGAACAACCAUAUUUAGAAACCGAGUCAAGUAGUAACUCAUUUACAAAUUCCCCCUCACCAUCCUCUACAAAUUCAUCUACUACUUCUCUUCUUAACACAGUACUGCCUAAAAAUAGUACUAACACAAAACAUCAGUCCAAAAGGUGUAGGGAUGAAGACGAUGCCAAUAGUAAGACUAGAUCAUAUGUGGGAGUACGAAUGCGUGACUGGGGAAAAUGGGUAUCCGAAAUCCGCGAACCCAGAAAGAAGUCUCGGAUCUGGUUAGGUACUUUUGCCACUGCAGAAAUGGCAGCUAGACAACAUGACGUAGCUGCAAUGUCCAUCAAAGAGGCGGAGGUGCCUGCAUCUCCGCCUCUGAGCGAGAUAGUGGAGCUGCCAAAUCUGAUUUACGACUCGGUUGAGUCAGCUCAGGAGGAGUACAGGUUCCUAGAAUCAGAUAGGUGGGAGUAUCGUCACCCAUGGUUACAUAGUUUGGGAGAUUGUGAAUAUUUUGGAGGAUACAACAUGGGAUCAACAGGAUUAGAAGGUGUACUUUCAUGCAGUUUCGACAGCUUGCUAUGGCAACAUUAG